AUGUCUACUCUUGAUCUGCCGGUGGACGGUUAUAACGCUUGCGAUUGCUACCACUACUACGGUGUUUCAUAUGAUCUGAUAAAUCAGGAUCAAGUCACGGCCUGGAAUAAACACGGCCCUGUCUGCAAGGUGGGUUCUCUGUCAUCAAGAUAUCUCGUGCAUCCUUCUCAGCGUCAUUCGCGCUCGAUGAAGUCGUUCCUUGUUAAACUCGCUCGCGCAAUAUUAAUGGGUAGUCGAGUAGAGACGCAGGCUCAUAUCCAGUCCAUGAUGAAACAGCUGAUCUUGGAUCUCCAUCCGUGCAUCGGAAGUCAGACCGUCCUCUGGUUGUUGCCACGGUACGAUGUCGAAAAGGGGCCCCCUCCCGUUGACUCAUUUGGCCUCUUGAUCUCUCAGUCUCAGGGAAGGGCUGCUGGCUGUUAUUCGAGCCUAUAA